AUGGCAAGACCCAUGACACAGGCUGAACCUGGUCAGGCUGUACUGCCCAGACAAUGGCCAUUUUGGGAAAUACUGUUUGAAGACGAUGAUGACCCAACUACACCUGUGACAUCUGUAAAAGGCAGUGAACCUCUCCCAUCAAUAGCCGAUGCUAUGAGUCUUCAUCAUGGUGGUCUGGAAGAGCAGGAUGAAACCCAAGCAGGAGUCAAAAGAGGCUCAAACAUGAAGGAUUACAAUGCUGUAGCUUUGAGCAUUGCCACCAAAUGCAAGCUCACCCAAGAACAGAUGGACGAGCUGUUGGUCUUUGCACAAGAGCAUGAAUCAACAAUGGGUGCUGCCUGCAGAGCCCUUGGGCAAGAUCACAAAGGAGAUUUAUGCUUACUUGCUCAGCCAUGGCUGUCUGAGCUACAUGAUGACAACUACAGUGAGCAUGAUGUAACUGUCAAGCACUGGGUACUCAAGAAGGAGGUAGCUCACCUCUUGGGAGAAUGCCACAGCUGGAUGCUGAAGAAGCAAUGUGUUUUAAGAUGGUUUGAUUUGAGAAGUACACUGGACCAGCCAUUACACAUACUGCAAGAGCAGUUGGCAAUCUCAACAUAUCCAUUCAAGUUCACCAUCAAUCACUGGGCUCAGUUUGCAUUCAUGAGGAAGGAGCACAACACUUGCACAGAGCCAGGGGGGAGUGAAGAGGCAGAGGGGGAGAAGAUGCCAAAGGACUACUGGCCAUAUCUGGACCAGUGCAUUACAGGGAUGGCCUCAAGGUUUGGGAAUGACCAAGUUUGCAUCCAUGAAAUGCAAGCUGAUGCGGCAGGGUAA